AUGAGAAUUUAAUAUUUAUUAAUUGCUUUAGCAAUAACUGCUUCAGUUUAUGGUCAAUUUACUUGCAGUGAUGCUCAUGCUAGUGGCUCUUCUGCAGCUACAUGUUACUGUAUGGCAGGCUACUAUGGAACUUCAACAGAUGCUAGUGGCUCUGGAUGUGCAGCAUGCCCACCAGGAAGUAACUCUUAAGCCGCAACUGCUACUGGUACUCUUGUCAGUAGUUGUACCUGUUAUGAUUCCAAUGCUUAACUCAAAUCUGAUAAUUCAGCUUGUUAAUGCAUGGCAAAUUUCUAUGGUACUCCCAAUAGUACUUCCGGUGGUACUUCUGGAUGUACUGCAUGUUCUAAUGGUCAAACUGCCCCUGCAGGGUCAUCAACAAAUGUUUGUGCCGCUGCAACUACUUCUACAAAAAUUUUAUCAUUAAUAGCAUUAUUUUUAUUAUUAGCAAUUCUUAUUUGA